AAGACAUUUCCAUUUUUAUUUUAUGACUUGUUUUAAUAAGUUCAACAAGGAUUUUGAAAUCUUACUUUGUGCUCAAAUAGAUAAUUCUCUCAUUAUAUAUAUAACAUGUUGACUUAUUAUUAUUUUUCUCUCAUUUUAUCCUCUAUUGGGACGAUUCGUAAUUGUUUGCAAAUGAAAACACAAUUUAUUCUAUCUUUUCUGGAAACUCUAUGCAUCCAUUUCAAUGUUCUCAUCUUAUCUAUGGUAAGGUUUUUGGACAUGCUAUUUUUAAUUAUCCAACAAUAUCAUGUUAUCUCUUUUCUUGUCUCAAGUAAUUUCAGACUAUUGUUCCUUGGCUCAUGGCACUUGAAUUUACCAAAAGGGUAUAUCUUCACUCCCAUGAAUGUCUUUUAGAUUCAUCACAAUUUCUCACCUCAGUUUUUCUUGGCUAGGACGACUUGACACCAAUUUUAAUAGUUUGCUGUUAGGUUGAUAGAUGUACAUAAAAUCCUGUCAGAUCCUUCAUGAAGCCUUUUUGAUUUUGUGUUAUCUAUUAUUGACCAGACAUUGAUGUGCUGCCUUUCUUUUUUUUAUUUCAUGGCAUCAUAUACUUAAUCUGAAGGGUACAUAAUUUUUCUGCCUUUCUUUUUGUUUUUUGUACUCUGAAUUUUCCUUAGAUUCUAGAAAUUUGAGGAGAGGUCCAGUUCUUUACAGGAUUGUUGGUUUUCAAGACUCAUGGAGCUGCCACUAAGAAUACCAGAACAAGUCUCGAAAAAGCUUCGAACUCCACACUUUACUAUAUGUACAGUUAUGUAACAUAUAUACAUCAGAAGAUCAGUCAUAUUCUAACAUUUGACUUCAUUAAUCAAAACAAUACUAUACUUGGAUGUGUGUAUACAUCGAAAGAUCAGUUAUAUUGAGACAUUCAACAUCAUUGAUCAAUUAUAUGAAAAUGAUAAAUGGGAAGAAUUAUUACCUUUUCGCUUUUGGUUGGUUCUGCAAAUCUGAAUGAUUUCUUAAAUGAAGUUGGGUUUGAAAAAAAUAGGUAACCAUAUUAUUGACUCCAGGAGUAUUUCACUGCCCCAGAUAAAUCUGUUGUAAGAAAAUAGCUUUUAAGUGUUAGGGUGGAACAUGAUAAUUGAACUAUAGUGAAACAAUUAACCUUAGUUCUUUUUGCAUAGUUUCGAAGGCCUCUUUCAGCAUUGAGUCUAUGUUAGUGGAUUUCGUGUUAUAGGAACAACAAAUGAUUAAAAAUGCAUUUGAUGAUCACAUUGUGAGGGGGUUCUUCCCAUUGGCUAAGAAGAUUCUAGAUCACAGAGGUCAAGGUUGGCUUACAUCUCUUCUUAUUGUUUGUUGUUUAUAUUUCUGAUAAUUUUUGAAGAAGUCUUUGCUUUCUGAAUUUUAGAAUAAACAAUUGUCACCAUUCAUGUUAAGUGCCUAGUUUUAGAUUUUUUUUUUCUUUUUUCAAUAUGACACAAAAUGGGAGCAGUGUCAAAGGAUUCUUUGAUUAAUUUGCGAUGGUGAUUCUUUGGUCAUAAUUUUGAAGCGCCAACAUAAAAAAAAUGUAGUUGAAUUUGCUUGUGCCUGGAGGACAAUCAAUGGUGUCAAUGCUGUAUCGUCCAUAAGAAGCAUUACUUCCUUUCUGCCCAUGCUGGUCGUCACAACUUUGUUCGUAUAUAAAGUUUUUGAAAGUGGGAUCUUUGAAAGGAAAAGAAAAAUCCAUUGUGAUCUUUCUUAGACAACUGGUUGCUUCUUUUUUAGGGAACAUUGGAAACUUCUUUUACUUUGUCAUUAGUCUCUCUGGAGAUAAUAACAGUAUGAAUCUCUUGUUACUUUAUUAAGGAAUUUUGUAUGCUCCAUUAUUUGAUGUUUUUUAUUUUUUUCGGUUGCACUUUCUUUAACUUGAUCAGGUAUGUAUAUGUUGAUGGGUUGUGCGUAUUAACAAAAUGGCUUGGAUUCCUGUUUUAUGUUCCAGUAUUUUCUUUUUUGUUGCCUAACCUUUAAUUGGAUCAGGUACGUAUGAGAUAUUUUUCCUUUUUCUAAAACCAUGUGAUGAUUUGUUCAUUAUGAAUGACAUACACGCGUGGAUGCCUAUUUUCUGCCCCAUACCUAUGAUUUUGUAAGAAAUGGCAAGAAGAAUCAGAAGCUAUCACAGAAAUUCAUCUCGGAAGUUCCGGUCGACUCCAUAUCCGGUGCCUUCAUAUCAACGACCUAUUUCAGCAGAAAGGUCUUCAAAGAAGACAUCUUUUACCUUGGAGAGGAAGGAUUGGAAGGGUGCUACUUGCCCUGUGUGCAUGGAAUUUCCACACAAUGCUGUACUCCUCCUUUGUUCAUCUCAUGACAAGGGCUGUCGCCCCUACAUGUGUGCAACCAGCUGCCGUUUUUCUAACUGUCUUGAACAAUUCAAGAAGGCAUAUGCUAAAACAACUUCAUUGGUGGGAAGUCGGAUCCAUGAUUUGCCUGCAUGGAAGAAAUGCGAGGUAGUGGAGCUAGCAUGCCCUCUAUGCCGAGGGCAGGUGAAAGGAUGGACUGUGGUGGAACCAGCACGUAAAUAUCUCAACAAAAAGAGACGAAGCUGCAUGCAGGACGACUGCUCAUUCAUCGGUAGCUACAAAGAGCUUCGUAAGCACAUGAGGUCUGAGCACCCUUGUGCGAAGCCCCAUGUAGUGGAUCCUGUUCUCGAACAGAAAUGGAGAAAUCUCGAGUACCAGAGUGAGCGGGCGGAUGUGAUCAGCACAAUAAGAUCUUCAAUGCCUAGGGCAGUUAUAUUGGGAGAUUAUGUGAUAGACAUGGACGACAGUGACUCUGAUACCGACUUUGAUGACGACAGUGACUCUGGUACCGAUUUCGAUGACUACAAUGAUGAUUUUUUCGAUAACGCAAAUGGUAUCUUUGGACGGAGGAAUGGUCGGAGUAUCUUUACCGCACUCAUGAGGGAGGCUGCCCGUAAUAGGAGGUUUAGAAGAAGCCGUGUAGGUAAUGCUAGAGAAGGGAGCAAUGGUCAUCUUCCAACCAUCGUUGAUCGUGCUUCGCGUGAUGCAGCAUUUAGUUAUCGCUUGGAGGAACAUGAUGAUGACAGGAGUGCUGUAGGCAUAACCCGUUCUGAAAGGCAGCAUAGGAGGGGGAGCCUGGGAAGAUCAUCAGUACAUGGUACAAGAUUGUUGUGAUGGUGUGGUGUAUGUUCAAAUUCAAAUUAUUUCUUUCUGUUUGUUCUUUCUUUUUUCUUCAUAAAUAUGUACUGAUAUAGCAAACAUUAAAGCUUGUUCCUCCUGCAAGUCCCGUUAUAUUUUCAUCAACAUCAAAAUUUAAUCUGGAGAUCAAAACUUUGAAUUUGUGAUGA